AUGGACCUCACUCUUCUGUGGGUACUUCUGCCACUGGUAACCACAGCCUGGGGCCAGUACGGGGACUACGGGUACCCAUAUCAGCAGUACCACGACUAUAGUGAUGAUGGCUGGGUGAAUCUGAACCGGCAAGGCUUCAGCUACCAGUGUCCCCAUGGGCAAGUGGUGGUAGCCGUGAGGAGCAUCUUCAGCAAGAAGGAAGGCUCUGACAGACAAUGGAACUAUGCCUGCAUGCCCACACCCCAAAGCCUUGGGGAGCCCACAGAGUGCUGGUGGGAAGAAAUCAAUAGAGCUGGCAUGGAAUGGUACCAGACUUGCUCCAACAAUGGACUGGUAGCCGGGUUCCAGAGCCGCUACUUUGAGUCAGUGCUGGACCGGGAAUGGCAAUUUUACUGCUGUCGCUACAGCAAGAGAUGUCCAUAUUCCUGCUGGCUGACAACAGAAUAUCCAGGCCACUAUGGGGAAGAAAUGGACAUGAUUUCCUAUAACUAUGACUACUACAUCCGAGGAGCAACAACCACUUUCUCUGCAGUGGAAAGGGAUCGCCAAUGGAAGUUCAUAAUGUGCCGGAUGACUGAUUAUGACUGCGAAUUUGCAAAUGUUUAG